AUGAUUUAUCAAUAUAAAAAAGCUAUAAAUCCUCUGCUAUUAAGAAAUAUUAAAAGAAAAUUAACCAACAUGUCUAUAGACAAUUCUAAAAGUAAAAUAGUAUCAAAAUCUCAAGAUGAAGACUUUUCAGCACCUAUAUGGAGAAAUAGUAUAUUAUGUGUAUUUUGUCUUUUAGUAGUAUAUAAAAUAGAUGAAUGGUAUGGUCUACAUCAUGAAGGAAAAGGAGGUUUUACAAGAGUUAUUGAAUAUUUUAUAAAAGAUGAAGAAAAAUAUAGAGAACUUAAUAUUGAAAAUCUUAAAAAAAUAUCAGAAAUAGCAAAAGAACGUUUACACCAACAAGAUUCUAAACGAAAAUCUAUUUAUAGAUUAAAAUUUCCAGAACAACUUAAUCAAGGGAGUUCAUAUAAUUUGAAAGUAGGAACAGAAAUUGAUCUAUCACAAUAUAAUAUAAAAAGCGAUGUUGACUCUAUCAAUUGAUAAACUUAAUUAAAAAUCUUC